AUUUAACAGACGUUCAAAUGGAACAUUGCGAUCUUGUAGAGCAGGAUAAUUAUUCACAAAAAGUUGAUGAAACACAAAAUGUUACUGACCCAGGACCACCGCGCGAAUUAGAAUUUCUUGAUGUUUAUCAUGAACCAAACCACAAAAUUACAUAUUCAAUUGAGCAUAUACAAGGAGCAAAUAAUGGUGAAUUUAUAUUGACAGGCGAAAACGGAACAUUUGCUUUAGCUCAAAAUCAAGAUAUAGACACUGGUAAUGGCGAAAGUGCUGAAAAAAUAGACACCGAAGAGGACGUAGAAAGCAAUAUAAUUGAGGAAUAUAAUAACACAGAAAAUCCAAUAAUUUCAACAAAAAUACAUAACAUUCCAAGAGGUUCAGCAAGCAUAGAAAGUCAGUCGUCGGUAGUGCAAAUCAUACCCAAAGGAAAAAUGUACAAAAUGAAAACCGAUGCAGAUCCAAUACAAAUGGAACAAACAGUAGUAUCAACAACAGACUCUGUGGAAGAUAAAACGAUUGCAAAAACUGAGGUGCGUCGUUCAGCGGAAAGCCUAAUAGAUUUAGCUGUUCAGGCGGUAAUUGAAGAAGGUAUGAGUCUACAAAAAGCAGCUGUAAAAUACGAAUUAUCAAAAACUGUACUUUGGCGACGAGUGCGUCUACAUCCAAAUUAUAUGAAAACUGCACGAGAGAAUCCGCAAAUAAAAUUAGUACAUGAGAGGCUUAAAACGGGCGAGUCAUUGAAGAGUAUUAGUCACGAUUUAGACAUACCAAUGUCAACAUUGCACAGAUACAAAGUACGCUUGUCUCAGCAAGGAAGAUUACCUGAUUUUAUUGUAUGUAAAAAACGAGAUCCUGGCACACGAGAGGAAUUAAGAGAGAAACUUGCCAAAGCGGUCUAUGCAUGCAUUCAUCAAGGUGUUUCACAGAAUCAUGCCGCAAAUUUGUUUGACAUACCGAAGAGUACAUUAUGGCGGCAUUUACAGAAACGAGCUCUGAAGUUAGAACAGGAUCAGAAUGAUUCAUCAGAUGUUAAGGAGGAAAUUAUAUUGUCAUAAAAUGAAUAAUAUAUAGUUUUAUUAUGCUAAUAUGUACAUUACAUAUAAAGCUAUUGCCAAAAAUAUUUUGUUAUUUUAUUAUAAUGAAAAAUGAUAUUGUACAUUUUAUAUAAUAUAGUAAUCAGCGAUUAAAAAUUAAAUAUAAAAGUGG